UACGCUUAGUGUUUUCCCCGCCCCAUUUAGUGUUUCCGACUCAGCGGUCGUGGUGCUAGUUUUUCUAAUACAACGAACUACUGAAGGUACCAUUCACGGCAAUAACAAAAACUCAGGAAUACUAUCAGUUGUGGGAUCUUUUAUAAAUACAUUUUUAUAAGUUAUUACCGUGUAUUUGCAUCGGGUGGAUUCCUAGGUCGUCUUGUUCCUGGCUCUGUUGGCCGGCUAAUCUCCAGCGAGCGACAAAAUGGCUGAAUCGGACAAAUUAAACAUCGAUUCGAUCAUCCAGCGCCUUUUGGAGGUGAAGGGCUCAAGACCUGGUAAAAAUGUCCAGUUGACUGAGAACGAGAUUCGUGGAUUGUGUCUGAAAUCUCGGGAAAUCUUCCUUAGCCAGCCGAUACUGCUUGAGCUGGAGGCACCGCUGAAGAUUUGUGGUGAUGUUCAUGGUCAGUAUUAUGACCUGCUCAGGCUUUUUGAGUAUGGAGGAUAUCCUCCAGAGAGCAACUACCUGUUUCUUGGAGACUAUGUAGACAGAGGCAAGCAGUCUUUGGAGACCAUCUGCCUGCUGCUUGCGUACAAGGUCAAAUAUCCAGAGAACUUCUUCCUUCUCAGAGGAAACCAUGAAUGUGCCUCCAUCAACAGGAUAUAUGGAUUUUAUGAUGAAUGUAAAAGGCGGUAUAACAUCAAGCUUUGGAAGACAUUCACAGACUGUUUCAACUGCUUACCUGUAGCUGCUAUUGUGGAUGAAAAGAUUUUUUGUUGUCAUGGAGGUCUUUCUCCAGACCUGCAAUCUAUGGAACAGAUUCGCCGUGUGAUGAGGCCCACAGACGUUCCUGACCAGGGUUUGCUGUGUGAUCUGCUCUGGGCUGACCCCGAUAAAGAUGUCAUGGGCUGGGGAGAGAAUGACCGUGGUGUCUCUUUCACUUUUGGUUCUGAUGUUGUGGCCAAGUUCCUCCACAAACAUGACAUGGACCUCAUUUGCCGGGCCCACCAGGUGGUAGAGGAUGGCUAUGAGUUCUUUGCGAAGAGGCAGUUAGUCACACUUUUCUCCGCGCCUAACUACUGCGGAGAGUUUGACAACGCAGGAGCUAUGAUGAGUGUCGACGAGACCCUGAUGUGCUCAUUUCAGAUUCUGAAACCAGCAGAGAAGAAGAUGCUGUCGUAUGGUGGUGCGGGAGGAUUUGGAUCUGGUAGACCUGUAACUCCUCCACGAAACGCAGCCAAGGGUGGCAAAGCCAAGAAAUAACAUCAACUACUGCAACACGCCUAUACAUCCUGUCCAUCAUUCUACCUCUCCUUUCCCUUCUCCUCUUCAAUUCCAAACACCAAAUCAGUGCAGGGUUUUUUUAGCUGUCUCCAUCAAGACGAGACUGCUGGCAAUCUGAGCGGUCAUAUGUGUGCUUGACUGAAAUGCCCUUGUGAAGCGUGUUGGUUUCUAUGUGAAACGACAGUGUGUAUUUGUGGAAAAUGGUUUUGUUGUGCGAGUUUGUGUGCAAGUUUUUCUUCACUCUCUCUAGUAACUGCGCACCUUUUAAUGCGUUUUUAGCUGUUCUGGUUGAUUUUUUUUCUUUUUUUUUUUUUUUUCUUCCGAUACAUCUUCAGCCAUUACAUGAUAAUCCUUUUAAGGCCAUUUAUUGGAUCUACAACACCCUUCACCUCUCGUCAGACCAAGCCUCAGGGUCCAGCUUUUGAUCCCCGCUGGGGACAGACUUUUCCAUUCCCCUCUAAAGCAAUCUGAAUGGAGGUGAUUGUGCAAAUCACUGCCAGUCUCUUUAAUGUGAAGCUUUGUCCAAGUGCGUGUCUGUUUACAGUAGUUAUUGACGGCACCCUGCACAUUUUGACACAUACCUAUUUUGGCGCAUUCUUUGCUUCUUUAAACUGCACACUCAGGUAGUAUUUAGCCUGGCCUGUGGAAAUGCUCUGUUUCUCUUUGGGGUAGUUAAAAUCAUGCACGAUGUGCAAAUAAUACCAUGUGUGAAUGUCUGCUAAGUGGGUGCCAUCGCCGUUUCAGUUUAAAAUGCAGAAAUGCACUGUUUAUUGAGUGAAUGUGGCUGUGUUCCAAUUUGUUAACUGCAAAUCUCACUUUUUCUUCUUAAAAGGACUUUUUUUUUUAGUAGUCAUGAAUUUAGCCAAUAAAGUGAGAAUCUGGUGCAUAUUUUGAGUUUUUAUUUUGUCCAUCAACUGUCGGCUGUACAAAGUGCAAAAUAGCAUUUGAGGAAUUAAAGCUCAACUUUAUUCUUGACGGAAGUUGUGCACCAAUAGAAUAUUACAGUUAGGGAAAGAACUUGAUUGGAGGUUUUGUUUUUAUUACAUUGUUAUUAUGACAUUAGUAACAUGUUGGUUGUUGCCAUUUUAACAUUUGAAUAAAUAGUUGUUUCAUUCUGUCAACAUGAAAUUAAAAAGGACUUUUUUUAUGGAA